AUGACUACCCCUCAAUUCUGGUCGACUCCUCUCCGGUACCUCCGCUGGGCCUCGCACGAGAAGCCCGCGAUCUUCUACUCCCUGAUUAUCGGAGCUUCUGGACCUCUCGCGCUGGUCACCCUGCCCCCCAUCAGACGGUUCUUCGGCGAUGUUGACCCGGAACCCAUCCCUUUGACCUAUCCUGUUCCCCAGGGUCCCCGGAACAUCCCGCGAGGCUACGAUGACGAAUAG